CUGGUCAGCGAGAAAGUUGGCGGGGCUGAAGGAACCAAGCUGGAUGAGGACUUCAAAGAAAUGGAGAAGAAAGUGGACCUUACCAGCAAGGCAGUUACGGAAAUCUUGGCCAGAACGACGGAAUACCUGCAACCGAACCCCGCAUCCCGGGCGAAACUGACUAUGUUGAACACGGUUUCCAAGAUCCGAGGGCAAGUGAAGAAUCCAGGGUACCCACAGUCUGAAGGCCUCCUAGGCGAGUCCAUGAUGCGAUACGGCAAAGAGCUGGGCGACGAUUCCAACUUCGGCGACGCCCUGCUGGAUGCCGGCGAAUCUAUGAAGCGCCUGGCCGAAGUGAAGGAUUCUCUGGACAUCGAGGUCAAGCAGAACUUCAUCGAUCCCCUUCAGAAUUUGUGCGACAAGGACUUGAAAGAGAUCCAGCACCACCUGAAAAAGUUAGAAGGGCGACGUUUGGAUUUUGACUACAAAAAGAAACGCCAAGGGAAAAUUCCGGAUGAAGAACUGCGACAAGCUUUGGAAAAGUUUGAGGAGUCGAAGGAAGUGGCGGAGACGAGUAUGCACAAUCUUCUCGAGACCGACAUCGAGCAAGUCAGCCAGCUUUCCGCUCUGGUGGACGCGCAACUCGACUACCACAAACAAGCCGUGCAGAUUCUGGACGAGUUAGCGGAGAAGCUGAAACGCAGAGUACGAGACACUUCUUCACGCCCCAAGCGAGAAUAUAAACCGAAGCCCAGGGAACCCUACGAAUUCGGAGAGCCUGCAGAUCAGUCCAACGGCGGAUUUUCCUGCAACCCAGCACCCAAAGUCUCCGCAGCUUCCUCUUCCUUCCGAUCCGAAAAGCCAUCCCGGACUCCCAGCAGGAUAUUUUGUGAGUGCUUCCGCGCCCCCCACCCUCCUUUCAAACUUCCUGCCUUCCCCUCUUCUUCCCUCCCUUCCCUCUUUCCUGCAUGGAUGCAUGAGAAAACUCCCCCCCCUCCUCGCUUUCCCCCUUCCUCCGUCCCGUUCCCUGCUGCAUGAAACCGGAGCUGGGGCUUUCUGUGUGCUGUAGUUGUGUGUCCAUGGAUCUUAG